UGGUUUUAUCAUUGAUUCAGACACAAUCAACACCUCCUCAGCACGCAUAAAUCAUUUGACUUUCCCCCUGUUUUUCACUUUCCUUGCACUCAUUUCACGUUUAAGGAACCAUCUGCUGAGGAUAUCAAUCGGCUAUAUCUAUCUAUCCAAUUUCCUCUAUUUCUCUGGCUGGAAAGAUCGAUCAUAUACAAACCCACAAUUCAGAUAGAUCAAUCAAUCUGAAGUCUGUCAUCAUUCAGAUUGAUUCAUUUCAAAGAAAUUAAUUAAUAUGCUUGGAGAGGCAAUCACCAGAGGACUCUUGAUGGUACUGGGUUAUGCAUAUCCAGCCCUUGAAUGCUUCAAAGCAAUGGAGAAAAGGAAACCUAACAUUGAAGAACUCAGAUUUUGGUGUCAAUAUUGGGUCAUUGUAGCUGUAUUGACCAUCUUGGAGAGGUUUGGGGAUAUCUUCGUAUCAUGGUUGCCAAUGUAUGGUGAACUCAAGUUGGCACUCUUCAUCUACUUAUGGUAUCCCAAAACUAAGGGAAGUGACUACAUCUACGGUAAUAUCGUGCAACCCUAUGUUUCAAGGCAUGAGCUCGAUUUCGAUAGAAACUUGCGGGUAUUGAGAGUCAAGGUGUGGGAUUUAGCCAUUUACUAUUGGCGUAACUGCACUGAGUUGGGGGAAGCUGCAACCUCACAAAUCUUACAACGAUUGACUAAUUCUCAGCCCGAAAAACAAGCAAAAUCCAAGAAAAGAUGAUAAUUGUCCAUUUACUUAUUCAUUUUUGUACAUAAUCUUGUAACAAUAACCAUAACAAGUUUAUUAAGAGUUCAAAUUUUCAA